CACCCCCGCAAACACUCUCACCCCUUAACCUAAGGGUUUAGGGAAGGGCCCGUGGUCCCAUUGUCCAGGGACUCACCUGAGUGUCAAGCUGCCCCGGCUGGGAGCUGAAUCUCCUGCCGGCUGGGGGCCUCGUCUGGUCCCUUCGGCGGUGGGAUGGACACCCCCUGCCUUGGGAGGAGAUGGGGCCGCGUCCAGCUGCCCAGCUGUCCAGGCACUGACGCGCAGGGCACCUCAGAGCUGCUCGAGUUUCCUCCCCCCACCCCCACCCCCCGGCCUGUCCCAGCGGCUGAGCCAGCAUCCCAGGCAUCCUCGGGCUAAAUAAGGAGCCUGCUUGGGUCAGGGGGCGGGGGCUGGGGUCCCGGGGGGCUUGGGGCAAUCACGCCAAACAAGGCAAGGAGGGGAGCGAUGUAUAAAACCAGGGCCCAGGGCUGAGCACCUGCCCGCGCCCCUCCUGUGCCAUCCGGAAGGGCUCCGUACCGCCUGCUGCCCAGCUAGUUGGACUUGAGUCCCGAAGUCGACGCCCCCUACCCCCACGAUGUCCAAAGCAGCUCCCGCCAAAAAGCCGGCGGCUACGGCCCCGCCUCCGGGAUGUACCCUGGACAUCAACGACCCCCAGGUCCAGAAAGCGGCCAUUCGCAUCCAGGCCUCUUACCGGGGCCACAGGUCCCGGAAGGAGCUGCGGGAGAAGGGGCCGCCGCGAGUGCUGGAGCCGCUGAAGGACGUGGUGCUGAUCGAGGGCAGCGCGGCCAAGCUGACUUGCCGCAUUUCGGCUUUCCCGGACCCAUUCAUCCGCUGGAGCAAGGAUGGCAAGGAGCUGCGCGACGGGCCCAAGUACCGCUACGUCUUCGAGGACCCGGACGUAGUCGCACUGGUGGUGCGCGAUGGCGAGCUGGCGGACUUGGGCCAGUACAGCAUCAACGUAACCAACCCCUUCGGCCAGUGCUCCGACUCCGCGCGCAUCCUCGUGGAAGUCCCGGCGAAAAUUCAGAAGGGACCGGAUAACACUAAGGCGCGCAAAGGUGCAACGGUGACGCUGACUGCGGAGAUCCUGGGUGAGCCUGCGCCCGACGUGGGCUGGACCAAGGACGGCGAGGACAUCGAAGAGGAUGACAGGGUGUUCUUCGAGAUUGGCACCACCACCACCACGCUCACCAUCCGCCGGGCCACACCCCAGGACAGCGGCAAGUACGAGGUGUACGUGGAGAACUGCCUGGGUAUGGACCAGAGCUUCGCUCGCGUGGACGUGGCCUGAAAGGGACCCUCGGAACUUGCGCUCCGUUUCCAAGCCCAGGGGUGGGUGGCACCCACAACCCCCUGCCACCUUGCUUAAUAAAGCUGCUCCCUCGGA